GGUGAAAAACUUCCAGAUUGGUUAAUAAGAGGAUACUAUAACCAGAUACAUAAGAACAAAACUGAAGAAGAGCAGAAGUGGAGCUGAUCCUGGAAUUCAGUGGGAAUUUGACUGUCAGAAAAGUGAAUGAUGAGCAAUAAUAAGAAGAAAAAGAGCAGAGGACAACAACAGAGGGUGUUUAAGGUGGUGAUAGGGACGAUUGGGAUAUGUAUAGCGGGAUACAUAAUGGGUUUAGGGCCAACCUUGUAUUGGCAUCUCUCAGAUCUCUUCACGUCAUCUGUCUCAGUCCACUGUCCUCCUUGUCUCUGCGAUUGCUCCACACAACCUCUUCUAUCCCUCUUUGAUGAUGAUAACGCAUUGAACAACAUUUCAUUCACAGACUGUAUGAAGCGUGACCCUGAGGUUAGUGAUGAGAUGGAGAGAAGAUCUAUUCAUAUGUUGUCAGAGGAACUAAGGCAGAAGGAAGCAGAAGCAGAGAAAAUCCAACAGCGCGCCGACAGAGCGUUAUUGGAGGCUAAGAAAAUGACAUCCCAGUAUCAAAAAGAGGCAGACAAGUGCAAUUCAGGGAUGGAGACUUGUGAGGAAGCAAGAGAAAGGGCUGAAGAAGCACUUGCUGCACAGAAGAAUAUAACAGCAAUGUGGAUGAUCAGGGCUCAUCUGAAAGGUUGGAAUGGAACCAUCUAUGGGGCCAAUGCUGAUCAAAUCCAAGAACCAUUAGACUGAUUCAAUGGAUCCAAAAAUAAGAUCAUAUAUCAAUUACUUGCUCUGUAGGUAUCUUUGAGGAAUUCAAAUUCAUUGUUCCAGUUGGAAAAAUAAUUAUGCUAAUGCUUUUACUUGUCAGUUCUUGUC